CGUCUGCUCCCGAGUCUUUCUCGUGUUCAAAGAUAGUCGAGUAAUACUGCAAGAGAACUCCUUGUUGGAAGGCAAUUCGAUACGACUCGACAUAACCAGUGAUAAUAAGAAGGGCUGUGGAGCUGCCGAUUGAGGAAAUACUGUUUACGCACACUAGGUCACAAGUUAAAUCAGUCUAUUCGACCCUCGAUGGCCGCGGGCAAUCAGCAAACCGGGGGAAGCAGAGGAUUACAUGCAGAAAUGCACCUCCACACAGAAACACGCACCAGAGAGGAGGACCCCCUCAAUAUCGCUCAGUCUAAUGGUUCGGUUUGGCACACCGGUGGUCACUCCGCCAUAAUUGGGGGUUUGAGUUUGAGUCAGAAGCCCAUGAACUCCGGAAACGAAGGCGAAAUACCUCGGAUGGAGCUCAUCGACGAGCAGAUCCAGUCUAUCGAUCCCGACGCACUCGACGUCGGUCCCGACGAGCACGAGCUACAAUAUGCUUACACAAUGUGGUUUUCUCGGAGAUCGGGAUCGAAGCAGGCCGGUACUGUGUUCAAAUUCGAGGACUCCUUACGGAUCCUCGCGACGUUCAGAUCCGCGGAGCGCUUCUGGAAGUUUUACACUCAUCUGAAAUUUCCAAACGAGCUCAGCGGUCAUUGUGACUACCAUUUAUUUAAACACGGCAUCAAGCCAAUGUGGGAGGACCCCGCCAAUCGAGAAGGGGGUAAAUGGAUAGUGCGUUUGCGGAAAGGUGUUGCAUCGAGAGUUUGGGAGAACGUGAUUCUGGCAAUCCUGGGCGAACAGUUUCUAGUCGGAGAUGAAAUUUGUGGAGCAGUCAUGUCGAUAAGAUACAAUCAGGAAGACAUCAUCUCGGUAUGGAACCGGACUGCGGACGACAAGGGCACUCGGAUGAAAAUAAUGGAGACUUUGCGGAGGGUCGCUAAUCUUCCGCAGAACUACUCACUCGAAUACAAAAGACACAACAGAUCGCUCCAAGACAAGAGCUCGUUUCGAAACGCGGACGAAACCGUUUUCAGAUGAGACUCCGCUGCCGACUGCUGUACUAUCGAGCCAAUGUAUGAUGAUCCUCAGAUUCGCAGAAACGAACUAACUCUGUUGAAAUCGAAAGCAACCUAGGCGGCUGCUUGACGUGCUGCUGAAAUGUUGUGCAAACUGUGUAUAUUUUAAGACGUAGAGCUACCAGACUCAGGAAACUGACGAGAAGGCUUAGAAUAAAAUGGCAAUGUUGAGCGUGUCGUGUUUU